AUGGCGGCCGCUGCUUCCUCCAGCGCGUGGAAGGCGAGGUGGCUCCGCCCCGAGGCGUACCCUAUCUUUGCGGCGACGGGCGUGGCCGUGGGGAUCUGCGUCAUGCAGCUGGUGCGCAACAUCACCACCAACCCCGAGGUCCGGGUGACCAAGGAGAACAGGGCGGCCGGGGUGCUGGACAACCACGACGAGGGCCGCCGCUACGCGCGCCACCCCUUCCGGAGGUUCAUCGACGGCAAGUCCGCCGAGAUCAUGCCCGGCAUCAACAGCUUCUUCACCGCCCCACCAAAGAACUAG